GUAGAAGAGAGAAACCCAGAAAAAACAUGGCGGCCACUUCAGUCUACACUCCAACCAUAGACGAAAAGAAAUGGGUGAGCCAAGGAAACAGAGCAUUAGACUCAUCAGACGAACUCGCCAUACAAAUCGAUUUCACCCCUUCCAUCUUCCAAAUCCCAAAACCCAUAACCGAAACCAAGCCGGAAGCUUACGCGCCGCAGCACCUUGGCCUGGGAGCGUACCACCAUCUCCGGCCGGAGCUCCACGUCGCCGACAUGCAAAAGCUCGCAAAAGUCAAGAAAUUCCUGUCGUCGUCCAGAAAUUUCUCCGACGACUUCUUCCUCGGAAAAACCAAGGGUUUGGAGCCGGCGGUUCGAGCUAGCUACGACAAGUACUUGGAUCUUGAAGGCUCCACUCUAGACUACAUCAUCGCCGUCGAUUCCCUCUUCUUGCUCGAUUUUCUCGGCUCCUACGACGACAAAACCGAGUCCGAGAAUCUCGACCCCGGCCGCCGAGAAUUCGCCAAGGAUGUUUCAAUGCUGGAGAACCAAGUUCCGGCGUUUGCGGUGGCGGAGAUGGGGAAACAACUGGACUUGUUCUCGCCGGAAAAAGGUACGCCGGAAACCAUGUUGUAUUCCCAGCUGUUUUACUACUUCUGCAAAGCCCACUCGCCGCUCAAACUGGCGGAGCUGUGGAAAGACCGCCGUAGGGAGAGUAAACACCUUUUAGCUCACAUGUAUAAUCUCAUCGUAAACAACCAUGGAUUUAAAGAACAAGAAAGCAUGCUAAGAACUAAAGCCAAAAUCACAGAGAUUGGAACAGAGGUUUUAACUGCAUUAACUGAACUAGGAUUUGGAGGACCCAUAGUUAAAUCCCUUCAGUUCACCUUCAAAUCAGUGCAAGUUUGGGAGAACAGUAAGUUAGCUGCAGAGCUUAGUAAAGAUCAAGAACCGAAAGCCAAAACACAAAAGAUUCAGAUUCCUUCAGUCUCAGAUUUAUCUGAUAAAUACAAGGUGGAGUUCAAGCUCCUGGAUUUGGGAGGGAUUAGGCAUAUCAAGUUCGAAGAAGAAGACGAAGACGAAGGGAAACCCACGAUUUAUCUCCCCGAAAUCACUCUGAAACAUGAUUCAGAAGUGGUGUUAAGAAACUUGAUAGCCUAUGAAGCUGCAAUUUCCACCCCAGAUUCCAGUUUGGAGCUCUCUGAGUAUAUUGAUUUGAUGUGUGGGAUAGUGCAUACAGAUAAAGACGUAUCGUUGCUACGCGAGAAGGGUAUUGUAAAGAGCGAUCCGAUUCGUCUGAACGAUGAACGAGCUGCUGAAAUCUUUAACGGGUUUAGCAGAUCCGCGGGGGAGCUGAGGGAGUCAGAAAGCCGGAAAGUGGUGAAGCAAGUGAAGGAGAUGGUGGAGAAAUGGGAGAAUAAGAAGCCAUGGAAAAGGGUGUGGAGAUUUCUGGAGAAGAAUGUCAAGAAUGUGGGAGAGUUUCUGAGGAAGCCUAGUGGAAUUGCAAUGAAGUUUUUGUUGUAUAUCUUCAUGGCAUUGCUGCUAGUGCUGCAGAUAAUGCAAGCUUAUUGCCAGAUAUAUGGAUGUAAGAAGGGGGAAUCUGGGACCAAGGCUUUCAGUUUAAGGAUGUCUGGUUAGUUCUUAGUGGUGUCAUCAUGUGUUUAUGUUAGUGGAUUAUUAGUUUCAUGUUAGUGCACUUUCAUUUGUCUGCUUAAUGUUAUUCUCUGAAACUAACUUAAGUAA